AUGGCGGCGUCCGAGGAGCCUUCCAGUAAUUUUGUCAUGGUCGACGAGUUAUACGAGUUCUCGGCUCCUCGAUUUUAUGAUUUCCUGGGCGAGGAGACGGAAGAUGAUGUUCGUAAGGCGGAGCUCUGGUUCGAGAAGGCCCGGCCCUACGCCCCAUCACCUUUCAUGCCCAGAAUCAAGGCUAACAGAAAUGUGCAACAUCAGAUUCUCUGCAAUUUCGAUGAAGCCGAGCAAAUGCAGAAGGCACCGGAAUCAUCUAAAGAAGCUCCUCCUAGUGCAUCAGAUUCUACUAAGGAGUCAUCACCAAUGCCACUAGAUAAAAAAAUACCCCAGGAAAAAGUUAUCCCAGCUGAAUCUAAUGAAGAAGUGGAACCACACAAUGGGGCUCAGCCAGAUCUUAUUCAGUCCAAAACCUUAGAAAAUGUUAGUAAUUUGAACAAGGACAAUAUUGCUGUUACUACCAUCAUUAUUAUUACAAUUGAUAUUGUUAUUCAUACUUUCAAUGAUCCUUGCAAGGCCCUCUCAUCUCUCCAUUUGGAAACUGUUGACGCUUGCUGCACCCCAGCCCCACAAAAGCCGAUCGAGAAUAAGAAGACUCAGACAGCCAAAAGAAUAGCCAGCAUUCUCAAGAAUCCGUCACAGUUGAACUCAAUGAAGAAGUUGCCAAAAUCACUAGUCAAAAGCACUAAGCCGGCUAGUGUUAAACGGGACACGAACUCGAAGAACCUAGUUGGAACUCCCAACCUUGCCCAUGAAAACCCUGCCAUCAAAAGGCAAAAACUGGAAGAUGGAAAAUCGCGGCAGAUUCUGACAAUCGGUAAACCUUCAAAUCUGCCUCACAAAACAAGAACCGGACUCAUCAGUAGCAGUUCCAGCCUCUGCUCCUCAACUGCUAAAAUCAAAACAAAGAAAGAGGACAGAAAGAUGUACGUUCGAGAACAAGCACAGCCAUUUGUGUCUACGGCAGAAAUGAUGAGGAAAUUUCAGUCGGGGACAAGAGAGAUGUCUCUGUCACGAAGCAGUUCUAUUUCGCAGAAUGGUGCUGCUGGAACUAUGAAAACGAAGCCCAGGCUCACUUUAACAAGGCCGAAAACUCCUGAAUUUGAGACAUCACAGCGUGUGCGUUCUACUAAGAUUAAAAGUUCCGCUGAGCUCGAGGAGGAAGCCAUGGCUAAAAUCCCCAAGUUUAAGGCUCGUCCACUAAACAAAAAGAUUUUUGAGGCCCCUGCUUUACCACCAUUGCCGAGAAGCACUCCGCAUCCUCCCGAAUUUAAGGAAUUCCAUUUGGUGACCAUGUCAAGGGCCAUUCAGAAUGCAGAAACAUCCACUGUGGUCUCGACAGAAUCUACAGCAACUCAGAACCAUCAAUGGAAACCUAAUCACCUUACAGCACCAAAAUCGCCUCUCCUUCAGACGUCUCUCAGAGCUCGUCCACCGACCAUCAAAAGCACUGAAGAACUAGAAAAAGAGGAACUUGAGAAUAUUCCACAGUUCAAGGCAAGACCAUUAAAUAAAAAGAUAUUCGAGAGCAAAGGGGAAAUGGGAAUAUUUUCUCAUAUGAAAAAGCCGAUCACUAUUCCUGAGGAAUUUCACUUUGCCAUAGAUAAAAGAAUCACACCACCAGUUGCUGUUGUAGAUUUAUUUGAUAAGCUCUCAAUAAACUCACAAUCUCAUCAGGAGAAGCCUCUUCCUAGAAAUACCACACCAAAUCCAUUCCAUCUCCACACCGAGGAAAGAGGGGCACAGAAGGAAAAAAGAAUAGCCGAGGAACUCUUACAGAAACAGCGAGAAGAGGAGAGAGCCAGAAUACCAAAAGCUCACCCAUAUCCUUAUACAACUGACUACCCAGUGAUUCCACCAAAGCCAGAGCCAAAGCCAUGCACAAAACCGGAACCUUUUCAGCUGGAAAGCUUGCUGAGACACGAAGAGGAGAUGCAGAGAGAAAUGGAACAGAGGAGGAGGACGGAGAUGGAAGAAGCCGAGAUGCGAAAAUUCAAAGCACAACCUAUCUUGAACGAGGACCCUAUUCCAGUUCCUGUGAGAGAACGAAAGCCCCUCACGGAAGUUCAGGAAUUCAAUCUGCAUGUCGAGCACCGGGCUGCUGAUAGAGCAGAAUUUGAUAAAAAGAUUAAGGAGAAAGAAAUGGCUUACAAGAGAUACAGAGAGGAGGAAGAUUCUGCAAGGAUGAUGGAGGAGGAGAAGGCCUUGAAACAGCUGCGGAGGACAUUGGUCCCACAUGCAAGACCCGUGCCUAACUUUGAACAUCCCUUCUUACCGCAAAAGUCUGUCAAAGACGCAACAAAGGCCAAGUCCCCAAAGCUGCGCGUCGAUCGUAGAAAAGAGAAGAGAAGAGUAGUUUUUCCCUCUGCAACUGCUGCCCAUCACAUCAGGUGA